AUGCAACCAUGCGACAACUUUUUUUGCUGUCUGUCAAAUUUACCUGGUCAGGUCGGUUCCAGUGGCAUGUUCAUUUGAUUAUACGAGAAUGGCUAGGACCUUAUCAGUAGAUUCGCAGAAUAAAAAAACAACAAAACAAGAUUUCUGAUGCGAAGGAGGACUGCUUGCAAAAAAUAGUGUAAAACGAGCCGCAUAAACAGUACACGAUAUAAAAGGGACAUUGGAGAGAUGGAUUGGGCAAGUGUAAUCUUGAACUGACCAUGAACAUUCUGGCAUAAACCUUAUUAGGACCGAUCUAAUAUCUAUUUCUCACAUCUCUCAUUUGUUUUUUGUACCUGAAGCUCAUUAUACGCUUGUUCAUUGUGUCCGCUUUCCUGUGGUAUUCAGACGUUUUAGCCAGUCUUCCUGAAGAUUCGCACUCUAGAUUAGGAUCCUUACCGCCCAUUCAGCCUUAGUUAAAAGUUGCCGGGAUACCUGCAAAUCCACAUUUUCUGUUUUGCAGCAUGCGGGUAUUCGUCCUGCUCAUCUUUUCUCUGGUUUCUUCGGUAUUUGGAUUCAAAACCAACCGAGUAAGUUUUCAUUAAUUUCAUGUGAAUUUUUGUGGGUGGUCGGCACUUCGCAGCACAAUUUAAGAAACUUCUAAUUAAAAGAUACCGGAAAGUUUGUGUUAACUAUACUUAAGAUUUGAUUAAACUUGAUUUAAGAUGUGUUUAAAAGUUGUUUUGCCGAGAAAUUAACUUAAAAGUUGCCUAAUGUGUGUUCAAAGUUGGGCACACUUUAAGCAACGUUAAAGCAGACUCUAAGCAACAUUUAAGAGCAAAAGCUUAAGAUGUGCUUAAACGUUGCUAUUAUAAGGGCACCGCACAGAAAUGGCGCUCUGUUGAGAAACUCUUUUUGCAGUGCAAAUUCAGCGACCUCGGGGCCGAGUUUGAAAAGUUAGGCCACGUUUUCAGUGGAAAAUUACUUCGUGGCCUAGAAAUUCUGCUAGAUUGCGAACCGCGCGCCCUUUCUAUCCGGUGCCCCUAUAAUAGAAAAUGCCGAGUGUACAGUUGUGUUUCAAGUUCUACCUGUGAAGGAAAAAUUACGUUAACAAUAAAAUCACAUUGUGAAAUUACACCUUCUUAGACUUCCUGCUUCCACUACAUCUCUUGUCUCGAGGCGAUCCAAUCAAACUUGAAACAAUGUGCAGGAGGUGCAGCCAUUUCACUUACAUUGGAAGCUAAGGAUGUAAACAUUCGAGAUCUGGUUAAAUAUCGGGCUCUUGAGUUCGUAGGGUGCCAAGGUAUUCUAAUAGUUAAUAGUAAAGAGAGUAUCAUGAAUGCGAUUUCAGAUAGACUAUUGAAAGAAACUGUCGACUUCGAAGCUCUACAAAUGCUUGUGAACGAAGAUGCGAGAGAAUGCUUUGAGAAACUUCCAGAGAGCUCAAAAAGAGUUGAGCCAUUCACCGAUUCUUGUGACUACGUGCAACCAGUCAGCCGCAACUCGUCUAAAGGAGAUGCGCUUCAGUGUCUGAUCGAGUUCAAACAGGAUCGAGAAUACUGUGAGAGUCUUCUGGAGUGCUGCCCAGAUCAUACAAGAUGCGGAGAACGUAUGAAUGCAGUCUCGUUAUCAUAUCAGAAUGCACGGGUCAAGGCUGAGCAGAUCGUCUACAGUAUGAUCUCGUGCGUCGUCGUCAACGAUCCACGUUUCUUGCGAGAAGGAGCUCGUCUCCAGUCGUUGAGGGACCCAUACCGUAAUUCCGGUGUUCCAUUCCUUCGUCCAGAUGCCUACACGGAGGCAAGAAUCACUCGCAGAUUGGCGUUGACAUCAACAUCGACACUUUCACAGAGAAGGGAGAGAUUCUUGAAGAAGUACACUCAAAUCAGACAACUCGUCACUGAAAACUUGUUCGGUCAACAAGAGGCAAAGUCAAUCAUGCCUGUCGAGGAUGUGGUAACCGGAACAUCAUCGAAAAUGUUGGAGCCGGAGAAACAGACGGAGGACUCUAUUGUUGAAAAUCAGAAAAAUGACGAUGAGAAGACAAGUACUCAGAAACCUGAGAUUUCGGAGACAACCGCUGCUCCAGCUCAAAGUUUUGAGGAACCACAGCUAUCAGAGAAUAAAUCUUCCGAAAUGAACGUGAAAACGAUACGCAACUUAAUCAAGAACGCUUCGGAUCGUGAUCUCUCCAAAUACGUUACUCUGAUCUCUGAGGGAAAGUUCUCAGAUCUGUUUGAUCUUGCCAACACCAAAACCACUUCAGCCCCGAAAUUAGACAACAAACUUUCUGCGAAGAUGUUCAAGUUGAAGUGAGAAUGUUUUUUUAAUGUAGAAAACAAUGUUUUUUCAGGGAGCUGAUUACGGAGGCUCUGUCGGAGAAAAGUUCUGAGACUGAGAAGCCUUCGGAGAAUAUUGAUAAGAUUGAGAAACUGGCCGAGCUUGAAGAGAUGAAGAAAACUGAUGUCAUCAGAGAAUCGAACAAUCCAGCUGUGUUCACAAUUCUCGAGCAUGAUCAACAAAUAGGCGAUAAGAAUACCAAGUUUGUUGACAGAACGUCGAGAAAUGUGGCGGCUGCAGAGAACGAGGAAAUUAAAACCGAUGUCAAGAUUGCAUCGGAAACCAUCAGUAGCGAAAAAACUGUGAAUACAGAAAGCAUAGCUGAUCUGAAGGCUUUAUCCGAACCAAGAAAAGAAUCUCACUUGGAGAAGGUUGAACCACUGAGAACAGAUGCGACUCACCUACUCAAAGAGCAAGAAAGAGCUCUUCUUGUAGAAUCAGAAAUUAAGGAUUCGGCCGUCAAAUCCAAGAAUUUGGUCGAAGACUCCUUGAAAUCUGAGGAGACUACACUCGUCGCAGAUGAUCUGCCUGUUCUUGACAAAGAGGAAUCUGGUGAAAAAAAGGAAGUCGCAUCGGAGACUACGUUGGCCAUCUCGAGCACAACCACAUCGAAGCCAGAGCUUUUGAGCUCUUCUGAUGAUGUCCUGACUGUCACAGUGUCUGUAAACGAAGAUGUUGAAGGAAGUGGACAGGAAGCGGAGGCGGCUGCCACAACGGCUACUGCAGCGACUCUCGAACAUCGAAGCGAGCUCAUCGAGAAUGUGAAAAGAAUCCGCCCACGCACCGAGCAGACGCAUUGUCAGCAAUACGCAUCUUGCUGGCAAACUGUCAUUGACUACGAACAACAGUGUGACCAAAAGUAUUCGACGGACGUGCUGAGUCACGGAAUCGACGAUAGCGAGAUCCUCAACAUUCUGCACAAUAGCUCAAUUUCCCACCACGAGAUCGUGUUGAAGGCUUGCCUCCGUCCAUUAGAUCGGUCUGUUCAUUCUACCGUAAGUUAAAAUCAAUAAUAUCUAAUUAAUUAUAUGAAACUGUGAAAUUUCAGCUGAAGCAGUUGUUCGUGAUCCAACGUGGAGUCCGUAAGGCAUGUCUUGAACUCGGACGCAACAAAAUUGCAGUGACUGACGCCGAAGAAAAGCAGUGCAACACCGAAAUCCCGUCCACCGCUUUCGUGGACGAGUUCAUUUCUAGUGUCCAUGCCCGUUCCCAAGCUAAUCAUCUGACAUGCCGUGCGAAGCUUGAGCCGAUCAGAGAAGCCUGUCACAUUGUUCGGAACUGCUGCGCUUCCGUAGAAACUUGUGACAACUAUAUCAGCUCUUCUCCGGUCAAGAAGCUAGAGACAGAAGCCAUUCGUCGGUUGGUCAAACGGCAGAAUGAUUGUGAAACGAAAAUGCUCCAAACACUCAGCUACAUUCAUGAACAGCUGUCAAAUCCUUCUCGAAGACGGCGCUUUUACUAUCACUAA